AUGAAGAAGAUAACUCAGAAAUAGGCCUGUAGAGAGGAAUGUUAACUCACAAACCAAUUUAGAUCCGAAAAAGAAAGAAGUCAUUAGAGAUAUUCAGAAAGUUAUUUCUGAUUAUGAAAAUGUACUGAGUAAUAUCUCGAAGCAAGGAGUAAGAGUUCAUAAGGAGAAUAAUGUUGAAGGCGAUGAAGAAGACUCUGAAAACAAAGUUAGCAUAAGUAGUGAUGAAUCUGAAGACGAAAAAGAACCAAGUUCUAGUCAAGAAGAUGAAGAAGAGCUGAACUCUAUUCAAGAAGUAUCAUCCUUUGAAGUCAUCCGAAAGCGUAAAGUCGAAAGCUGCAUUCGAAAGAUCAUUGAGAGCCGAGCUGAUCUAUACAAUAAACAAGAUAAGCUAGUUCUGGUUCUUACUAGAAAAGAAGAUUGUAAAAUAUUAAAAUAAGUUGUUGAAGAAAUUAAGCGGGUGUAUUCUUCCAAAUUGAAAACUUAUAAGGAUAGAUGCAACCUCACUUCAAGUUGAUAACAUUAAUGAGUUAUUGUCGAAUCAUUUUCCUAAUAAGGCCAAGAAACUGAUCUUCAAGGCAGUUCCAACACCUUGAAGGAUCAGCAAGUAUUGGCCACCUCUACGGGAGAUAAGUUCAAGACAAAUUACCCAACUGACUCUGACAAACUUUAUAGUUCCAACAGAAUAUCUGAAAAAUAUUUUUGAGGUUUAUUUUGAAUUAACUGUGUUAGUAUUUUGGUAA